AUUGUGGAAUGUAUUGCAGACGGCUGCAAUAGCGCAGUAUACUUUUACAGGAGACUUUUCAUCUUCGCCCGGGUCUUCCAGGUGUUGUUGCUGUAUCUUUCCGAACGCGUUCGGACGAUAACAUCAUCAGCUGCAAGUGUUCCAUUGCAUACCCGACUGCAAACGAGAACCGUCGCUGCUCGAUUGUCCUUGUGAAAUCAUCAUUCUAUUGCUGUUGCAGGAUUUGGGAAUUAUUGUGAUUUUAAAACUUUAAACCAUCAGCAAUCGAAAAUGAGCCAAGGAAACGGAGAUGCUGGCCGCGUUCUGAGUCCGAGCAGCAGCAACAAAAACAUCCACGGCAUCAGCACUGACUGCGUCACUCUGACCCGCUUUGUUCUCGAAGAACAACGCCGCUUCCCAUCAGCCACCGGUGAUCUGACGCAGUUACUGAAUUCCAUCAUUGUGGCCGUGAAGACCAUUUCCUCCAGCGUGCGCAAAGCCGGCAUCGCCAAACUAUAUGGCAUCGCUGGUGACACGAACGUCCAGGGCGAAGAAGUGAAGAAGCUGGAUGAAGUGGCAAACGAGCUGAUGAUCAACAUGUUGAUGUCUUCCUAUACCACCUGUCUCCUGGUUAGCGAGGAGAACGAGAAGGUGAUCGAGGUGGACACGGAGCAGUCGGGCAAGUACAUCGUGUGUUUCGAUCCGCUGGAUGGUUCAUCCAACAUCGACUGUCUCGUAUCCAUCGGGACUAUCUUCUCCAUUUACCGCAAAAAUUCACCUGGAAAAGCCACCGUAGAAGACUGUCUCCAGCCGGGACGGCAGAUUGUAGCUGCCGGAUAUGCUGUUUACGGAAGUGCAACCAUGAUGGUUAUUUCCGACGGAAAUGGCACCCAUGGUUUCACUCUGGAUCCCGCUGUGGGUGAAUUCAUUCUCUCUCAUCCGAAUAUGAGGGUCAAGGAAAGGGGCAAUACGUUCAGUAUCAACGAGGGUUACGCGGCGCUCUGGGAUCCGGCGCUGACGGAAUAUGUCCACAGCAAAAAAUUCCCACAGAAAGGUAAAGCGUAUGGUGCGCGAUACGUUGGAUCGAUGGUCGCUGAUGUCCAUCGUACACUUUGCUAUGGUGGAAUUUUCAUGUAUCCAGCGACGAAAGAUUCGCCAAACGGCAAGCUUCGUCUGCUGUAUGAAUGCAACCCGAUUGCCUUCCUGAUCGAGAACGCAGGAGGAAUAGCGAGUACGGGCACGAUGCCGGUACUGGACGUUCAGCCAACCGGUAUUCAUCAGCGAACACCCAUUUUCCUGGGCUCCAAACUCGAUGUCCAAGAAGUUUUGGAUUUAUACAAAAAGCAUUCGACAUCAGCGCCGGCUCAGUAAUGAGCUUCAGUGCAGUGCGUAAUUCAUCAAAAUUUUAAACGUUCAAAAAUGUGCAGGUUUGCCAGGCAUAUUGUUGCUAGCAGUGGGCGUCUUGCUUCCGCAUGCCCGGAUAUGCUGUUGUUGUUUUGCCACUACCGAGUACUGUGAAGCUUCUACUGCAGUAUAGUUUACUUUUCAUUGAAAUAAGUGCUUUGUCGUUGAUGUGUUGUUCUUCACUGUUGCCGUCAGUGUUAUUGGGUUCUGGUUUCAUUGUUGAUAAUAAUUUGAAAACAAAUUCAAGCACGAUUUUAAUGGAUAAAAUUAUUGUGUUAUUAG